AUGGCCUUCCAGCUGCUGGAAGAAGAUGACCAGACGUUCACGGAGGUUCUGGCGCUGUUAGAUGAAUACAACGCUGCAGUCGAUGAGCCUGAACCUCCUCACUCCAGCACCAAACACUUGUCUCCCUUCAGUCGUGUGUCCGAGAGUGCUGCGUGGGCCGCGUUCGAAGCUGCGCACCCCGUCACGAAAAUUGCCAGCAAACAUCGCAAUGGAGCACGCGAAAUACGACGUCGAGAAGUGCAAUUCCUUCGCACUUGUGUCAAAGGCCUCGAGAGGCAGUUGAAUGCGCUGCAAGAGGCGACGGAGCUGCGCGCACAAAUGAGAAGCGCCACCACCGGAACGGACGCGUGCUCAGCAUUAAUGAGCAUGUGGAAAGACCUGGCAACGCAUCAAUUGGAGCAGAGAUUGGUCUCCGAGAGGGAGAACAGUCGGCUUCAUAGUGCUCUUGACGAUCAGAAAAAGCUGCGAGAAAUGCUGGAGCGCGCAUUAAAUACUCGCGUCGCGAAACGGGUGAUGGAGACGAGUUUGACGUCGGAGAAGAGGACGACGCGAGUUCAUGGCGUGGCGUUAGAUGUGUCGGAUCAAGAGAUUUUCCAGGAGCUGGAAAUGGGUGUGGACGCCGAGUAUCACGAGGUGGCUAGAGCUUUGUUUCAAGCUGAAACGAUGGACGAGGGGUAUUUGGGAGGUGUAUUCGGAGAGAAGACGCUGCCCUUUGAUCUUCGGAGAACGGCGGACGCGGCGUGGCGGUGUUUGGCGCAUGCAUUUCACCACGAGAAGUACAAUUUCUCGUACAGUCGCGCGAACACGGUACACGAUGAUACAGUUGGAGAGAGUUUCGGUGUAGAGAUCAAAGCGCCUGAAAGGAUGGCAGACUUUCGGAUUAAACAGAUCUUCCGACGCUACGUGGAAUCCGACCGAGUUGUGAUCGCGUGGAGGUCGUUCAUCGACCCAGCGGAGUUUAAAGGCCAGAAGCUUGAGAGGUUCCGCUUCCAGGAGAAAGGCUCAUGUGUUGUUCGAUAUUCGUCACACGAGCAACUGACUGUGUUGCGUAUCUGGCACAUCAUUACGCCAGUGACUCAAGCAAACUCGGAGGAAAUGGACGCCGAUUUUGUCCAGGACCUCACGGACUUUGUGUUGAGCGGGUCGUCGUCGGCAAACACGGUGCAAAUGAUUGAAAAUGCGCUAGUUGACACCCAAUCUCCUCGAAGUUGCAGUAGUUUUGGCAAGCCUUAA